AUGAGUCCCACUUGCUCCUUUGCCGAGAAACCAGUACUUAUUGUCGGAGCUGGCUUGCGCGGGCUUUGUCUGGCUCAAGCUUCGAAAAAGCAUAAUAUACCGUUCAAGCUCUUUGAAAGAGACUUCAAACGAGAUUUUCGCGCCCAGGGAUCAUUCGGUGGACGUUUCAACGUUCUGACUGUCGAGCCUCUCCCGGCUGGCGGCGGACCUCCCGCUGGCGCUUACGAUAAAAUGAGGCCAUACACAGUCGAUCGCACGACAAUGUGCGAGGUCUUGUUGACCAACCUUGACAGAGAAGUUAGCUACGGAAAAUUAGUCAUUUCAGGCCGUCAAUCCGCACAUACUCCUUCAACCUCUACGUCAUGUCAACUGGCCUUAUAUGCACUAGUACAUAACCACUUCCAAGCGCAUAUACCCUUGAGAUUAAGUAGUGGAUUUGAAACAGGGCUAUGUGGCCUAUUUUCGCCCUCCGUUGCGAAGCUCGCUUUCAACCUUCCCAAAACGAACGAAAUGAUUUUGACUACCGAUAUCCCCAGUAUACUUCUCAAAGUCGCCUGCAUGAUAGGUCAUACCCCAUUGAAAGCUGUGCAGGCCGAUCCACGGGCCUCUUAUCCUCUCUACAUCCUCCCGACACGCUACGAUACAACCUCUAAUCCUGUAAAACUACCACUCCUGGUAUGGUUGCAUGGAAUAGGCCGGAAGUUGAGUGCACUCUAUGAAGAGCUUGUCUCGUAUGCAGACACUGUUAACACCUUGCGCCAUUCUCCCUAG